AUGGCAAAACAAAUUGCAGAUGUACAAAUCCAUGCCAGUGACACAAAUGAUUUAGAUGAUGAUAACCUGGAUGUUAGUGUGGAUCUCAUAGACAACGGAUUAUAUCUAGGUAAUUUAGCAUGUGCAAGGGAUAACAAAACCUUAGAACAGUUGAAAAUAACUCAUAUCCUAACAAUAGAUCUGGUGCCACUGCCUAGGUCUAUCCUGGAUAGGACCAACAUUACAUUUAAGUUUAUGAAAUUGGCAGAUGUACCUAAAGAAGAUCUCAUCAGUCAUUUGCCAGAGAGCAAUGACUUUAUCAAGCAGGCCAUUGCUAAUGGAGGGACAGUGCUUGUCCACUGCUAUUUCGGUGUAUCUCGGUCAGCGGCCGUAGUAAUAGCAUACAUAAUGGAGAAGUAUGGUCUCUGCUAUGAAGAUGCAUUCUUGUUGGUCAAAACUAAGAGACGUUUUAUCGGACCAAAUGUGGGUUUUGUUGCUCAAUUGAAGCUAUUCGGUCACAUGGGCUAUAUUAUCAACAAAGAUGAUCCCAGAUACAAACAGUUUAGAUUGAAAAUGGCGGGACAGAAAUUAAAACAAGUUAAAAUUCUGCCUCAAUUGUUUGUGGACUUGGUCAAGCCCGACCCGGGUCUAAUCAGAGAGCGGCCUGACCCUAUAGUGUACAGAUGUAAGAAAUGCCGCAGAAUAGUUGCUAGCCAGAGCAAUAUAAUACCUCAUUUACCAAAACAAGUUAAAGUGGAACUCGCUAAAAAGAACAUCAGGCCUCCACCGAGUAAACUGACUGGUCUGAAUUGUGCGGAAAAUGGGCAGCUGUUGAUAGAAAAGUUGAAGAGCUUGGCGUGUCAGAUAAUGGAUGGUGUAGAGGCUGAUGCAGGGGAGAGCAGCCUGGGGAAGAGUGAGGACAGCUUGGACAGCGAGGAGGGACCCAGUGAGGUGACGGACGGCUACCACUCGGGCGUGAUGGUGGACGCGAGCGUGACGCGCGACGCGGCGGGCGCGUGCCGCCUCAUGUACUUCGUGGAGCCCAUGGCGUGGAUGCGCGAUGUGCGCGCGCAGCCCGCCGGCAAGCUGCACUGCCCCAAGUGCACCAACAAGAUCGGCAGCUUUAGCUGGGUUAUGGGUUGCAAAUGCCCAUGCGGUCAGAAGGUGGCUCCGGCUUUCUACUUGGUGCCUUCGAAAGUGGAGUGGUCGAAUAUCGUUCAAAACGUGCAAAUUACUGUU